UAUUGAGUGGGGCUUCUCGCUUGUUUGUGUGUUGCUCAGAUGCUAGUGGAUAUUAGCAAAUUUAGGUUGAUUUCCUCUGGAAUUAAAUUCGCUGUUUACUCUGUGACCCUCAUCAAUGGGGGACAUCAAAAACUUCCUUUAUGCGUGGUGCGGGAAAAAGAAGUUGACUCCCAACUAUGAUAUACGUGCAGUGGGGAAUAAAACCAGGCAGAAGUUUAUGUGCGAGGUGCGAGUCGAGGGGUUUCAUUACACCGGAAUGGGAAACUCCACCAACAAGAAAGACGCCCAGUCCAAUGCCGCAAGGGACUUUGUCAAUUAUCUUGUCCGAGCGGGUGAGAUCAGUGCUUCUGAAGUACCUGCUUUGGGGGCUACUGUUACAAAUGUUUCUGAUGGCUGUAAGGAAGAAGGCGGAGGAUUUGGAAGUCUGCCCCCUAGUGGUCCUCUACCUCCACAUUUAGUUGUGAAGAACGAGUCAGACUCUGAGCAGGGCUCUGGUCCUGUUGCUGGGGUGACUGGUCUGGGUUACUCUGGCUUCAGCACUUCUCAGUGGGAGCGAGGGGCCAACCUGCAGGACUACUACUCCAGGAAAGAGGAGCAGGAAGCAAAAGCCACUCUGGAGUCUGAGGAGGUAGAUUUAAAUGCAGGUCUCCAUGGUAACUGGACCCUAGAGAAUGCCAAAGCCCGGCUCAACCAGUUCUUCCAGAAGGAAAGGAUUCAAACCGACUACACGUAUAACCAAGUCGGGCCUGACCACAACAGGAGCUUCAUUGCUGAAAUGACAGUCUUCGUAAGACAGCUGGGGAGAAAGAUCUUUGCCCGUGAGCAUGGCUCUAAUAAGAAGCUAGCGGCCCAGUCGUGUGCGCUCUCUCUGGUUCGCCAGCUCUACCACCUGGGUGUAAUUGAGGCUUUUACGGGACAGACCAAGAAGAAAGAAGGCGAGACCGUGGAGGUGUAUGAGGUGAAUGUUAGUGCGGAGCUGAGGGAGCAGCUACAGAGCGUGAUCCAGGAGCUGGGCAUCCACAUUCCUCUGGCUGACCCCAGUGGUCCAGUGUCCCUAGUCCAGGGGAAGAUGGCCCACUUUGAGCCCUCACAGAAGCAGAGCCUGGGGGGUGUGGUGUCCUGGUCUCCUCCUCAGGUCAACUGGAACCCUUGGACCAGCUGCAACAUUGAUGAGGGACCACUGGCGUUCUGCACACCAGAGCAGAUCAGCUCCGACCUGCAACAGGAGUUUGACUAUCAGCUGGAGCAUGACAAGAACCUGCAGGAGAUGAUUAAGGAGCGAGAGCAGCUUCCCGUGAAAAGGUUUGAGGAGGAGAUCCUCAGCACGGUCCACAGCAGUCCCGUAGUGAUUAUCCGCGGAGCCACAGGCUGCGGCAAGACCACACAGGUGCCCCAGUACAUCCUAGACCAGUACAUCCACACAGGGAGGGCUUCAGACUGCAAUAUCGUAGUCACUCAGCCCCGGAGGAUCAGCGCUGUGUCCGUGGCGGAACGCGUGUCCUAUGAGAGAGGCGAGGACGUGGGGAAGAGUUGCGGCUACAGCGUGCGCUUCGAGUCCGUCCUGCCCCGCCCCCACGCCAGCAUCCUCUUCUGCACCGUCGGGGUGCUGCUGAGGAAGCUAGAAGCUGGAAUUCGAGGGAUCAGCCAUGUUAUAGUGGAUGAGAUCCAUGAGAGAGACAUUAAUACUGAUUUUCUGAUGGUGGUGUUACGAGACGUGGUCCAGGCCUUCCCCGAUGUGCGUGUCAUUCUCAUGUCUGCCACCAUCGACACCACCAUGUUCAGAGAAUACUUCUUCAACUGCCCCGUCAUUGAGGUGCACGGCCGCACGUACCCUGUGCAGGAAUACUUCCUGGAGGACUGCAUUCAGAUGACUCGGUUUGUUCCACCUCCAAUGGACAAAAAGAAAAAGGACAAGGAUGAGGAUGGUGGAGAGGAGGAGGUGAACUGUAACUUGGUGUGUGGACCAGAGUACGGUCCAGAGACCAAGUGCUCCAUGGCCCAGAUGAACGAGAAGGAGACGCCGUUUGAGCUGAUCGAGGCCCUGCUGAAGUACAUAGAGACACUGCGUGUGUCUGGGGCUGUCCUGGUCUUCUUGCCGGGCUGGAAUCUCAUCUACUCCAUGCAGAAGCACUUGGAGAUGAACCCACACUUCGGAAGCCAGCGUUACAGAGUCCUGCCCCUCCACUCGCAGAUCCCCAGAGAUGAGCAGAGGAGGGUGUUUGAGCCUGUCCCCGAGGGAGUGACGAAGGUCAUUUUGUCAACAAAUAUUGCUGAGACCAGCAUUACCAUCAACGAUGUGGUCUAUGUAAUCGACUCCUGCAAGCAGAAGGUGAAACUGUUUACCGCCCACAACAACAUGACCAACUAUGCCACUGUGUGGGCGUCCAAGACCAACCUGGAGCAGAGGAAGGGCCGUGCCGGCCGCGUGAGACCCGGCUUCUGCUUCCACCUGUGCAGCCGCGCACGCUUUGACAAACUGGAGACACACAUGACCCCAGAGAUGUUCCGCACACCGCUCCACGAGGUGGCUCUCAGCAUCAAGCUGCUCAGGCUGGGGGCUAUUGGCCACUUCCUGUCCAAAGCAAUAGAGCCUCCGCCGCUGGACGCAGUCAUUGAGGCUGAGCACACACUCAGAGAGCUGGAUGCGCUGGACAGUAAUGAUGAGCUGACUCCACUUGGGCGGAUCCUGGCCAGGCUUCCCAUCGAGCCUCGCCUGGGAAAGAUGAUGAUCAUGGGCUGCAUCUUUAACGUGGGAGAUGCAGUUUGCACCAUUUCGGCAGCUUCCUGUUUCCCGGAACCUUUCAUCAGUGAGGGGAAGCGUCUGGGCUUUGUCCACAGAAACUUCGCAGGCACACGAUUCUCUGACCAUGUUGCCUUGCUGUCUGUCUUUCAAGCCUGGGAUGAGGCAAGGAUGGGUGGUGAAGAGGCUGAAACCAAGUUCUGUGAGCACAAGCGACUGCACAUGUCCACGCUGAGGAUGACCUGGGAGGCCAAAGUUCAGCUGAAAGAGAUCCUCAUCAACUCAGGCUUUCCUGAAGAAUGCCUGAUGAAUCAAAUAUUCAACAACGUGGGGCCAGACAACAGCCUGGAUGUGGUGAUCUCGCUGUUGACCUUUGGCUCCUACCCUAAUGUGUGCUACCACAAAGAAAAGAGGAAGAUCUUGACAACGGAAGGCCGCAACGCCCUAAUCCACAAGUCCUCUGUUAACUGCCCCUUCAGUAACCAGGACAUGACUUAUCCAUCACCUUUCUUUGUCUUUGGGGAAAAGAUUCGAACACGAGCAAUCUCGGCCAAAGGAAUGACUAUGGUCAGCCCUCUUCAGCUCUUGUUAUUUGCCUCCAAGAAAAUUAUCUCUAAGGGAGAGACUGUUGAGCUUGAUGACUGGAUCAAGCUUCGUAUACCACACGAAGUAGCUGGAGCAGUGGCUGCACUGAGAGCUGCUGUGGAGGCUGUAGUGGUGGAGGUGAGCAAAGACCCAGAGUACAUCAGACACAUGGACACCACCAACAAACACCUGCUCAACGUCGUACGCCUCCUCUCCAGACCCUCCUCUGCAGGACUGAACCUCAUGGCUGCCAACCCACGCUUUGGAGAUGGUCCACGCCCUCCCAAGAUGACCCGCUUAGAUGGGGGAAGUAGAGGAUUUAGGGGGAGCGGAGGGUACCAGGGUGGAGGUUACAGAGGAAGUGGGGGGUACCGUGGUGGUGGUGGUGGGGGAUACAGGGGGUCAGGAUACUGGGGUGGUGGGGGAUACAGAGGUUCUGGUGGGUACCGAGGGGGAGGUGGAUACAGGGGGGGUUGGGGGUUUAAUAGAGGAGGAUAUUGAGGCUUUUAGAGAGCAAUGUGAGCAAAUAUCUACAUAUACAUAAUUUCUGAGGAUUAUGUAUUCAUUUGUGUUUAGCGUUGUUUUUUUAAUCUAAAAUAAAUUAAACCAUACAACUGCACAGCAUUCAAAUCAUUGUAGACUUCAUUGUUUUGAUUUCAAUGCAAUUUUUUGUUAUUAAAAUAAAAUCUAACCUGUAGACUAUUAUGUGUAGUAAUUGAGCAUUGUAUUUUACUGCAAGUUCUUGUAUUGUGCUAAGUCAUAAGGGGCAAAAAUGUGUUUGAUGAAAGCAACAAAAAACAGGACUAAAAUGUUCACACAAUGCAGCCAUUUUCUUAUCAAAGAGUUGAAAGUUUCUAUGAACAGUGCUUUAAUUCCUGUCAGAUACACACAAAUGAAUGUAUAAAAUAUGAAUAUUAAAAUGUGAAUGUCACUGUUUUGAUUAACUUCAAUAUUUAAGUUAAUUGUAAAGUACAUAUACUGUUGGGAAACCAUUCCUUCAAUAUGGUAAAAUCACAAUUUUAAACAAAGUUUUAUAUAAUGAAAAAAAAGAAAAAGAAAA